UGGAGAUUCAGUGGUUGAUGUUCCUGCCGCCUCUAGCUGUCACUUUUUUGGCGUUUGCACUUGUUUAACAGUUUCCAAUUUUUUAAAAAUAAUACCACAUCAAGCAGGAAGCUGUUCACAUUAAAUCUGAGUUGAAAUAUUUGAUUGCAAAGGUUUAAAUAUGGCAGGAUACGGAGGUGGACAGAUGGACCAACAAGGAUUUUUCCAGAGUUCGUACGAUGAAAAUCAAGGGUACGAUAUGGGGGCAGGGCCCGGUGGUCAGCAGCAGGGGCAACCACAGCAGUAUGCUGGUUAUGAAGGACAGGAGGGUUCAUACGGCGGCGGAUACGACUACAGCCAACAAGGUUAUGGAGGUCAGCCGAACAUAAUGUCACCACAAGCUGCAUACACCGGGGAGAUCAUGACCCCUGAACCUUUGCCCUCUGGGUCAAGCGGCUACACAGACAGCUUCGAUGAUGAACCACCACUUCUUGAAGAGCUGGGAAUCAAUUUUGAGCACAUUUAUCAAAAGACAUUGACAGUCUUAAACCCACUGAGGGAGACAGAUCCAGCAGCCAUCCAUGACAGUGAUCUGGCAGGACCUCUGGUGUUUGCUCUGGCAUUUGGAGGCACUCUACUAUUGGCCGGUAAAGUGCAGUUUGGUUACAUCUAUGGUAUCGGUGGUUUAGGAUGCUUCGCUAUGUGGAUGUUACUAAACUUGAUGAGUAUUACGGGCGUUGCAGUGGGCUGCAUUAUCAGUGUGCUGGGCUAUUGUCUGCUCCCUAUGGUUGUACUCAACUGUCUGGCUAUUGUUGUUUCAUUAGAGAGUCUUUUUGGUACGAUAGCUUCACUGGUGACCAUCGGAUGGUGUAGCUUAUCGGCAUCUAAACUGUUUGUAACGGCGCUAGCCAUGGACUCCCAGCAACUCCUUGUGGCCUACCCAUGUGCCCUCCUCUAUGGAGUCUUCGCUCUUCUUACAGUUUUCUAAAUAUUCUAUCGAGACUAGUGCCCAAUUUCAUACAGCUGUUACGCAGAAAAUACUGCUUUAAAAAAAUGCAUUGCUAAGCAAAACUGAGUGGGCACUAGUUGCAACAAUGCCAACUUUAUAGGUUGUUGGCCCCAAUACCUGUUUUUGCAAAGCAAGAUUUUCCUGUGCUUAGCAGGUUAUUGUGUUUACAGGGUUUAUGAAAUUGGGCCGAGAGACCUUGAUCACGGUGCCAGCAUCUUGUUCUUUCUUCCAUUCAAACAAAGGUUAAACCAGAAUGAGUUUGGAAAGACAAAGGGUCAGGUUCCUUUUUGGUAUAAUGACAACCAUAUUUGUUACUGUUAAACCAUACAGGGAAAAUGAUUUUGGCUGCAAGGAUGGCAAACAUUUAACAAAUGAAUGGAGUCAAAAUUUAAUAGCUUCGCAGUGGCUAUGGCCGGAAAACCGAAAAGUACCAUUCUUCAUUGCCAAA